GUGGAGCUGCAAACCUUUGAGAACCUUGAAGAGCUAACCAAGUUAGCACUUAAGGUGGAAGCCCAACUCAAGAAGGGCAAAUCUUCUUUGAGCCGUGGCAAUUCUUCCUACCCUAGUACAUCAAAUUCCACCCCCCUUGCUGCCCAAAAUCUCACAGAUCCCUCCCCUCAAAAUCCUAAAACUGUGCACCCUAUUUUCUCACCAAAUGCUUCUCCUCUUUCAAAACCAAGUUCCUCAAGAGAAUCACUCUUUCCCCAAUAAUACCAUCCAACAAGCUGCCCGAAAAACCGCCCCCAUCUGUACUUGCCAUGUUUGCCUACCACGAAUCUAAAGAGUUACAAUAUGACCCUUUGCUUGAGCAAAAUCAGCCGUUGAGCCUUUUUGAAGAUACCCUAUCCGACCCCUUCUUUGGAAUGGAAAACCUCGGGGGCAAACCAACACUAACGGCUUUUAAUGCCAACACUUUUUUGCUUAAUUUGCAGGUCAUUCAAAAAGGCACAGGUGUGAGAGAGAACACGUCCUCAAGGUGUUCUAGAGAUAAAGAUAGAUUACCAUAUCCAAACCCCGAAGAUGAGCGUGAAGAAAAGCCGAGUUUGAGGGCAAACUCUUUCGAAGAAGGGGAGGAUGAUAUAUAUCCGGGAGCAUGCCCGAAGACUCUCCGUAGCCCGCCAAGGGAAAGACAGAUCAGGGGAAUAAAGCCCAAGUGUGGUGACAUUAAUUGGGUUGAAACUUCUCCAUUUUCCUGUCUUAGAACCCAACCCAACACCAUGGUUGUCCUACACCCACCCUAGGCUGAGCCCACACUCUCCAUACCUUCCCUAAACAUCCAAAAUAUUUCCUUUUCAAAAUAAAGUUUUCCUACUCCU